GCACCACAUCUCCGCGCGGUGCAUAGGUGUAUGCUUGCUCUCUCGCUCUCCUUCCACAAUCAUCACGCACAUACCAGUUACGCGCGCUCUGUUUGUCCCCCUCUCUCUCCCUAAAAGCUUGCCUCUUCCGGUGUCUCUGCUGGACGCGGAUGAGGUUGGCGCGCUAAAUGGUUCGAGCACAAAUCGCUUCAACCCGGGGCGCUCCCCCCGCAGCCGCCCGAUGUACCUCAUGGGCACCGUCUAGAUUAGCGCGGGUUACCAACAGAAUGUUGCCACCGCCAUCGCCUCGCUUGAAGCGGAAUGUCCGCUGCAGGAGUCUCCAACAGGAGAUGUCUGUCACGGCCAUCCACGGUGAGAAAGACGUUACGAAGGGAGAAGCCUGCUCCAAGUUGCCGCUGAUAGUGCAAAUACGUCAACGCAAUCGACGGCGGAGCAAGCUCAUCCAAACGCUCAAGUCCCAAGGAAGGAAAGGACAAUGGAAGGAGGCUCUCACCGCAGCCAACCUUGCGAGAGAUGACGGCGUGGUCUUCGACGUCUACACGUACUCCGUGCUGAUGAGUGCUGUGGCGCGGAGCGGCCGGUGGGAGGAAGUCCUUGUUUUGUUGGAUGUGAUGCGAUCGGAAGGCGUAGCACCGGAUCAUUUCGCGUUCGGCGCGGCUGUUAAUGCCUGCGCGAAGGGCGGGCAGUGGGAGCGAGCGGUGGCGCUUCUGGAUCAGAUGCGUUCAGAAGGCCUGUCGCCGAACGUGGUCUGUUUCAACACCGCCGCGGAUGCCUGCGCGCGGGCAGGCCAAUGGGAGCGAGCGCUCCGCCUUCUCGGGGAAAUGGCGGCGGUAGGGUUAAGCCCCAACGUUACCACGUUCAGUUCGGCGGUGGCGGCAUGCGGGAACGCUGGACAGUGGGAACGGGCUCUGGACCUACUGGACCAGAUGGCGGAGGAGGGGGUGCCGCCGAAUGAAUUCACCUUCAGCGCUGCCGUUUCUGCGUGCGGGAAAGCGGGGCAGUGGCGGCCAGCACUCACCAUCUUGAGACGAAUGAGGGCAGCAGAUUGCCCUCCGAACGUCCAGACCUACACGGCGGCUAUCGAUGCGUGCGGAAAGGCGGGAGAGUGGCGGUUGGCCCAGGGUUUGCUGGCUGAGAUGCGGGGGAAGGGCGUGGCGCCGAACGUGAUAACGUUCAACUCGGCGAUAUCGGCGCUCGGGAACGGUGGGCAGUGGCAGGAGGCGUUGAAUCUCUUGAGAGACAUGCCGUCGAUGGGCGUACAGCCGAACAUGUGGAGCUACACCGCGGCGGUGACGGCCUGCGGAGAUAACAACCGGUGGGCGAGAGCCCUGGCGGUACAUGAGCAGAUGCGUUCACGGGGCAUAAGGGGUGACGAAGUGAGCUUCACGGCUGCGAUAGACGCCUGUGCUCAAGGAGGGGCGUGGGAAAUGGCGCUGGCUCUCCUAGACGAGAUGAGGGACGAAGGAAUUCCGCCAACCGUCAGAAGCUUUAGCACGGCGAUAUCGGCGUGCGGCAAGGGACAGCAGUGGGGACGCGCGGUGGCUCUGUUGCGAGAGAUGGAGGAGGUUGGGGUUUCCCCCAACGAGGUUAGCUUCAACGCUGCGAUUGACGCCUGCGGUAGGGCCGGCCAGUGGAGAGCCGCGCUCUCGCUAUUGGACAAGAUGUCCUCAGCGGGAGUGCCUCGCGGGACAAUCACCUACAACGCCGUAAUCGCUGCCUGCGGCAAAGGGAAGGAGUGGGCACGGGCCGUGUCACUGCUGCACGAGAUGCUUGCAGGACAAGCCAAGACUGACGUAGACAUGGCACCAGUGCCGAUGGCAGACGUUGUCAGUUACAGCGCCGCUAUAGACGCUUGCGUAAGGGCUGGAGAGUGGGAGGAGGCCAUCUCAUUGGUGGAGCUGCUACGGCGAGACCGGCGGCUGAAUGUCGGCACUGAAGGCGUGAGGAAUUAUCAUCCGGGGGCGCGCGGGCCAAAGCAUUUGACGCUGACGCUAGAGCACUUGGAGUGGUUCGCCACAGCGUUUGAUCGUUGUGACGAUUCGAUUUUGAGACGAAGGGCGCUGGAGCUUGUGGACGCCAUACGCGUUGAGUCCGAGCACAAAUAAAAUGUAGACGGUUGUUUUGGGGGUCUUGAAAGAUUGUGAUUUUGCGCCCAGCGUGAGAAGCUAGCAUUAGAGGAAUACAAGGCCUACCAGGCCCUUCCAAGUUGGUGUUGACAGUUUCUCGACCUUCAAGGUUGUGUGCGUCCGGAGUCUCGUAGAAAAUGUUUCCUUGAGAAGUCACUCCACGUCCAAGUUGAAGCACUGCGUGUCCACGAAGGAAGUGGGUGGAACACGGAUAAGAAAGCUAACGAUUCUGCAUAAGAGGCGGCCAUGAUGCGGU